AAGAUAAGGACAAAGUACGGUGUUGUUUACAAUAUAUCGAAUAUUACCGAUAGAUUUACUACUAUUCCUAACUUUUAAUAAUUAACUGCAAUUUGUUCAGGACAAGAUGCCACCAUCUGCAACACUAAUCCAGCCCUCGGGGGAAAUGUGGAAGAAGAUCAGGGAGGAGUUGAACGAAGACGUCAACACUAGAGACAAGGAUGUGGCCACUAUCAAGGAGUGGCUGAAAAAACAGCCUCAUCUUCCCGACGACUGGGAUAGUGAUCGUAUCAUGACAUUCCUGCGGGGCAGCAGCUUCUCCCUUGAGAAAUGCAAGAAAAAAUUGGACAUGUAUUUCACAAUGAGGGCUGCCUGCCCAGAAUUCUUCACUAAUAGAGACGUCACGAGGCCUGAACUUAAGGAUAUUAUGACCCGUGGUCAGGGACCACCACUGCCAGGUCUUACACCAAAUGGACGUCGUGUCAUCAUAGUGAGAUCUAGCGACAAAACCCUUGACACUCACCACCUAUACGACGCGUUCAAGAUCACCAUGAUGAUCGGCGACAUCAGGCUGAAGGAAGAAUACGAAGGGGUAGCAGGAGAUGUCUACAUUCUGGACGCUGGCAUCGUAUCACCGGCCCACUUAGCUAAAUUGUCGCUGACAACUGUGAAAAAGUUCUUUAUUUGCAUACAGGAAGCAUACCCGGUGAAACUAAAGGAAAUUCACAUAGUGAAUGCGGGACCCGUUAUCGAAACUGUCUUGAGCCUCGUGAAACCAUUCCUCAAGGAGAAAAUAAAGAACAGAAUAUUCUUCCACAGUGAUUACAACAGCUUAUAUAAAUACAUACCCCAAGAUAUUCUACCUGAAGAAUAUGGUGGUCACAUAGGCCCAUUGACUGAAAUUAACAGUAAGUUCAUUAAUAAUCACACUUACCAUUUUGUAACGUAAAGGAAUUAAAUAAAUUCUGCUUUGUUUUAAUUUUUUAUAAUUUUCUUAUGUAAUAUUUACAAGUGAUUUUUCCGCAACUUUUUCUAGAUAAAUUUUAACCUUUACCCCACCUUUAAUCUAUAUUUGAAAGAAUUUUUAAAAUCGUUCCAAUAGUUUCGGAGCCUAUUCAAUACAAAAAACAAUCAAAUCUUUCUUCUUAAUAUAAUCGUAGAAAAUAAAAUAUACACAUAUUACUCUAAUGAGUUUUCUGUUGUUUAGAAAAUUAAAAAAGUAGUUUGACAGGUUUAA